AGCGUGUGUGAGGGAGUGGCGAGUGCAGUCGGCAUCUGGCACGGCAGCGCGAUGGCGGAGAAGUCUGCCUCGGACGAGGACUUCAGCAGACUCAGGCAGUGCCUGGUCGCGGUGGCAGUGAGCCUGCUGCCGUUCGCCCAGGGCGCCGUGGCGGGCUGGCCCUCGCCCAUGCUGCCGCUGCUGCAGUCGCCCGCCUCGCCGCUGGACGGCGGCCCGCUCACGGACGAGGAGGCCUCGCGCGUGGGCUCGCUCACCUGCGUGGCGGCGCUGCUGGCGGUGCCUGUCUUCAGCCACCUGGCCACGCGGGGCAGCAGGAAGGUUGCCGGCUACCUGGCGGCGGCCCCCCUGCUGCCCAGCUGGCUCGCCGUGGCCCUGGGCUCCACCAGGACCUCGCUGUACCUGGCGCGCCUCGCCGCCGGGGUCUGCUGCGCCGGCGGCACCGUCGUGGUGCCCUUGUUCCUGGCCGAGGUGGCGCACGACAGCGUCAGAGGCGCCCUCAGCACCAUCUCCGUGCUCUUCUUCAACUCGGGGAUACUGUUCGUGUACUGCGCCGGCUCCAGCCUCGGCUACCGCGCGCUGGCCUGGGCGUGCCUGGCGCUGGCGCCGCUCUUCGCCGCGGGCUUCGCGCUGGUGCCCGAGUCGCCGGUGUACCUGGUGUCGCGCGGCAGGACCGCCGCCGCCGUGCGGGCCGUCAUGGGGCUGCAGGCCGUGGGCCCGGAGCGCGCCGGCGAGGUGGUGGGCCGGCUGCAGGGUCGUUCGCACGUCGAGGCGGGCCUCCUCGAGGUGCUGUCCACCCGCGCGACCCUCAGGGGCCUGGCGGUGGGCCUGGGGCUGUGCCUCAACCAGCAGAUGUCCGGGCUGUUCGCCGUGCUCAGCUACACGGUGUCCAUCUUCCAGGACGCCGGCACCAGCCUGUCGCCCUACACGGCCACCAUGCUGGUCGGCGCGCUGCAGAUCCUGGGCACGUGCCUGUCCACGGCGCUGGUGGACCGCGCGGGGCGGAGGGCGCUGCUGGUGGGCUCCAACUGCUGCAUGGCGGCGUGCCUGGGCUGCUUGGGCGGCUACCUCUACCUCGCGCGCGGCGCCGAAGUGGCCCGCUUCACCUGGGUGCCCGUGGCGGCCGUGCUCGGGUUCAUCCUAGCCGUGUCGGUGGGACCCGGCGCGCUGUGCUUCCUCGUGGUGUCGGAGGUGUUCUCGGAGCGCGCUAGGGCCGCGGCCACCACGCUCUGCCUCUGCGUGCUGUGGGCGCUCAUGUUCCUGGUGGGCCGCACCUUCUCCGCCGUGUCCCUCCUGGUCGGCGCGCACGGCUGCUUCUGGCUGUUCGCCGCCUGCAGCGCGGCGGGCGCCGUGUUCGCCGCCACGUGCGUGCCCGAGACGAGGAACCGCAGCCUGGAGUCCAUCCUCCGGGAGCUGGGCGGCGGGCGGGGCGAACUCCGGGACUCCGGGCAGCCGCUCCGGGAGAAGCAGCUCGUGGCGCGCGCCUGACUCUCCUCCGGGCGGUCCGUGCAGACACUCCGGGAGCUGGGCGGCGGGCGGGGCGAGCUCCGGGACUCCGGGCAGCCGCUCCGGGGCUCCGGGCAGCCGCUCCGGGAGAAGCAGCUCGUGGCGCGCGCCUGACUCUCCUCCGGGCGGUCCGUGCAGACACUCCGGGAGCUGGGCGGCGGGCGGGGCGAGCUCCGGGACUCCGGGCAGCCGCUCCGGGGCUCCGGGCAGCCGCUCCGGGAGAAGCAGCUCGUGGCGCGCGCCUGACUCUCCUCCGGGCGGUCCGUGCAGACACUCCGGGAGCUGGGCGGCGGGCGGGGCGAGCUCCGGGACUCCGGGCAGCCGCUCCGGGGCUCCGGGCAGCCGCUCCGGGAGAAGCAGCUCGUGGCGCGCGCCUGACUCUCCUCCGGGCGGUCCGUGCAGACACUCCGGGAGCUGGGCGGCGGGCGGGGCGAGCUCCGGGACUCCGGGCAGCCGCUCCGGGGCUCCGGGCAGCCGCUCCGGGAGAAGCAGCUCGCGGCGCGCGCCUGACUCUCCUCCUGGCGGUCCGUGCAGACACACGGAGUAUCCGUGCUGGACUCAGUUUCGUCUCUCGUACAUUAACGAUCCAUCGGAAAUUUUAAAUCUAGGGUUUAUAUUUUUAAUGUUUAUAAUAGUGAUUUGGUUCAUUACAUGACUAUUCUCAAGAACAAGAUCUUAAUUUAUUGACCUUUCGUGGCUUGAUUGUGCAUAAAAAGUUUUUUUGUUAUUGUAGCAUUUUGAUGCGUACGUUAGUCUCGAUAAUUUACUAAAAAAAAUAAUAGUAUUUUCGUUACACUAGAUAUCCCAUUUGGUAUUUCUUGUCCUCGCUAAGAUCGUAAUAUUUACUUGGCACUACAGGUACAGGCCUACUUGACAAAUGAAAUAUCGACAAGGACGAAGACGAUAAUUCCACAGACGUUUCAAGUUUAACAGUGAUAUUAGGUUUUUUUUUUUUUUUUUUUUAGAAAAUUUGUUUUUUUGUUUUACGUCCUUAUAUGUGUCAAUUUUAGGUGCAUAAUGCCUAAUUCCUUUAGUUUAAUGUUUUAAGUUUUGCUUGAAACCUACCAAGCAUAGAUCUGUCUUACGUAUUGUGAUUGACUGACGAUAAUACAACGCGCAGUUGAUUCCUAACUUUCUGGGCCUAUAAUCGAUUGUUGAGAUACUUGAACAGCAAGACAGUGGAAUUAAAGUGGAUUACGGGCCUUUAUGUCUAAGCUACGACCUUAGUUUAGACCGUAGUAGUCACGCAAAUUAAUGGGUGCAUUUGCGACACCUGCAAAUAUUGUGGUUUUGAAAAAGUGUCUACAAACACGAACUGUUUUUUUGUGACACUUUUUUUUACAAGGGCGUCGAGAUAAAUACAGAAAACGACGUAAAUAAGUUGGCGUUAUUUUCCUGAGGACAAAUUGUGCAUUUGGUAAGAUACUUCCUGCACGUGAUUUUAACCAACAUAAUGCACAUGUACAGGUAAUUGAACGUAUUAAACAGUUGCACUAAUAUUUUAACUACUAUUUGUGUGCAAUUUUAACGCUGAAACUUGUAUAUUUAUAUGAAAAAUACAUAAAAAUAUACGAACUGAAUAUUAGGUUACACGUUCAAAGGCUGAGAUAAGACUUCGUGUAUCUUUGACAUAACUACGGUGGACGACUAUAGAUUACUACAAUUUGUGGAUUCUCCUGUGAUGUCAAAAACAUAUUUAAUUGAUUUUUUCACUGAAUCCUGUUAAUUGUUAAGUUGGUGCUGAUUGUAUUGGCAGCGCUAGACUUAGUGUCAUAUAUCGGCAAAUAAGUUUCUUUAAUAAUUCUAUUACAAUUUAUUUUGGUGAUAAAAAUAAUAAUAUUAUAUAUAUAUAAAUGCAAUAUUUUUAUAACAAUUUUGAGUGUUAUGUUUUGUCCUAUAAUGUUUUUGUAAUGCAAGGGUUUUAAUUGUGUGUUGCUGUUCUUUGUGACCUGUGUUAUGAAUGUUUUGUUACCAUUUAUUGAUGAAAAAUUAUUUUUUGCCACCUCA